GGGAUCCAUUGUUCGGCCUCAAUAUCCCUUUACUUUUUUUUCCCACAAAAGUAAAAAUUGGAAAUGACGCUUCUUGCCUUCUUGGUAUGGUUUAUGGAGGAAGUAACAGUAUAACACAUCUUGUGGCGACUACCCGAUCCACACUGUAUCUAACCAUAUAUCUGUAACGACUGUAAGCUAGCGUUUCCCAAUGAAUUAUCAGUUCAGCUUCGUUCAGUAGAAAUGUCCUAUGACCCAUAUGAUCGUUGAUGAUUUGCACCAUAACAUUUAAAGAGAAUUUAUUUAUCAAUAAAAAUAGCAAGACUGCAAUGAUUUUAUAAUUUCUAAUCCGUAGUCCCAGAUCCAAUCAUACUUCCGCCUUUCCAUUUUAUCCGAAUUCAUCCGAGAAAGAACAGAUUGCGUUAUCGAGAAAGAAAUCCACAUUUCCCUUUUCGGAUUGGGAUUGAUUGAUUGAUACAGAAACCGUAGACGCAGACGAUGUCCAGAAUAUGGAGGUUGAACAAGUCACGAAACACGCCCCUUCUAACCGUGGUUUCAGGUAGAAGGACGGUGGCGACGGUCACGACAACUAGUUCCUCUUCCAACUACACCAUUUCUCAUGAACGGGGACUGUUGAACUGCUUCAAGCGCCGUGGACCACUUAUUGGAGUGCAGGAGAGAUACAAGUGGGGCAGCGCCGGUUCCUUUUCUGAGCCAACCAGGCGGAUCAGGGCGGAGGCUGGUUGCUCGCGCUGCUCUAAUUUCGCCGAUCUCAUAUCCACCAAGCGCAAUCCACUCCUCGUUUCUGACUCUCUUACUGGCGUUGUAGCUGAUAACGAUGGCACUGAUUCGAAAAUUGAAGGUUCUAAUCCUGCACCAAAUAUCUGCCCGAAGUGUAAGACUGCCUACACCAUGUCUCCCAUUCAAGGAAGCUUCAUUGAGAUUGAGAGGGUCAAUGAAAAUGGCAGGGGCAAGAGUUCCGGAGACAAGAUGGCUACUGUUGAAUUCAACGGAAAGGCUCACAGGAGUCACAAGUCAUUUUUCUGGGGGGCUCUGAAGUCUUACAGCGGUGAACCUCCUGAGAAUUGGCCCCCAAACUCUCCACAGCCGCCUGAAAAUGGGGUUGCUGUGCGUACACCUCCCGGCCCACCAUUUGCUCCUGGUAUGAAUAUCAUUAGAGCAUCUGCUUCUGGAGGAAAUGAUGAGAAAAAUGAGUGGGGUGGGUCUAAUUUAGGCAAAGAUUUACCCACCCCGAAGGAGAUCUGUAGGUGGCUUGAUAAAUUUGUCAUUGGCCAAGAGCGUGCCAAGAAGGUGCUCUCGGUGGCCGUUUAUAACCACUACAAAAGGAUCUACCAUGCUUCUUUGCAAAAGGGAUCAGGGACAGAGACAGUAGGGGAAGAUAGUGAUGACAGUGUAGAAUUGGAAAAAAGCAACGUGUUACUAAUGGGCCCAACUGGCUCAGGAAAGACACUACUUGCUAAAACUCUAGCUCGGUUUGUGAAUGUGCCUCUUGUUAUUGCUGAUGCAACAACUUUAACACAGGCUGGUUAUGUUGGUGAAGAUGUCGAAUCAAUAUUAUACAAAUUGCUUACGGUUGCUGAUUUCAAUGUAGAAGCAGCACAACAAGGGAUAAUUUACAUUGAUGAAGUUGAUAAGAUAACUAAGAAGGCAGAGAGUCUGAAUAUUAGCCGAGAUGUCUCCGGUGAAGGAGUUCAGCAGGCAUUGCUGAAAAUGCUUGAAGGAACUAUUGUGAAUGUUCCUGAAAAGGGGGCAAGGAAACAUCCCCGUGGUGAACAUAUUCAGAUAGAUACAAAAGACAUCCUUUUUAUAUGUGGUGGAGCAUUCAUUGAUUUGGAGAAAACCAUUUCAGAGAGAAGGAAGGAUUCUUCAAUUGGUUUUGGUGCUCCAGUACGGGCCAACAUGAGAACAGGAGUAACUAAUGCUGCUGUAGCAUCUACUUUGCUGGAGUCUGUUGAGAGCAGUGACCUAAUUGCAUAUGGCCUCAUACCAGAGUUUAUUGGACGGUUCCCUAUCUUAGUUAGUUUGUCAGCACUAACUGAGGACCAACUUGUUCAGGUCCUCACUGAACCCAAUAAUGCUCUAUGUAAGCAGUACAAAAAAUUAUUCAGCAUGAACAAGGUCAAGCUACACUUUACAGAUGAGGCAUUAAGAUCUAUUGCACAGAAAGCUAUGAUUAAAAACACUGGUGCUAGGGGGCUAAGAGCCAUUCUUGAAAGUAUAUUGACUGAUGCUAUGUAUGAGAUUCCUGAUGCUCCCGAGGAAGGAGGCCAGAAAGUAGAUGCUGUUUUGGUUGAUGAAGAUGCAGUAGGUUCUGCAACUGCUCCUGGACGUGGUGGUCAAUUACUACGCGGAAGUGGUGCUUUGGAAGCUUACCUUGCUAAUGCUCGGUUUAAAGAUCAAAUGGAGGAAACAGUGGAAGGGGAGAUGCAGGACAGGGAUGCAGAAGCAUCUUCCAGAGCAAUGAGCAUGUAAAAUCAGCAUGAUCAAUACAUCACAAAUGUGUAUAAAUUCCCUCAAAUGUUGUAAAUUUAUCAUUGUUAAUGGUUAGUAUAUUGGUCCCCUUGCAAUCAACAGUGUAUGAGGGUUAUAGUCACCACAGAAGAUAAUAAUAAGAACAAUAGGACUGACUGACUGAGUGGUGGGGACUGGGGAGGGCAAUGUAAUCUUAUAACAUUCUAAUUUUAUUCAAUAGCUGUAAAGAUUCUUUGGCAAUAAGGGAACGUAGAAUUGUAUGAUAAGCC